CACGACGCGAGGAUGGGCCCACAAUACAAUGAAAAGACAGUACCACCGUUCAGUAUGCGAGCUCGCGGAUAAGGAUAAUGGCUGGCACCUCGGUGUAGUGCACAUGAAGGCGCAGCAAGUCCUCGACUUCCGGAUUGAAGACAUGGCAGCACGGAUGCGCGAACUAGCGCCAGAGUUGUGGGAGCUCGUCUCGUUUGUUCUCUCGGGGAACGAGCUCUGGGCCCAGCCGCAGGUAGAGAAUGUGGCCCUGAGCCCCGAGGAGGUUGAGCUAUGGGAGGAACUCGGGGAUCCAGAGAGUAGCAGUGGGGCUGGCGAGCAACGCGCCAAGCUCCGGCAGGCAUUGUGUCGUGUACAAUGUAACGCGCUCGCUGCUGUGAAUGGUAUCUUCUUUCACUCGUGCAAUGCUCCCGACAAAGUUAUCAAGGCCCUUGCACACAUGGGCAUUACGAUCUCGCCGUCUUCCAUUAACAACGCAGUUCGUUCUCUGUCGAUCGAAAACGCGCAUGAUAUCCGCACGCUCGGACAAUCCCUGGAGGCGAUGUUCGCAUACGACAAUCUCGAGUUGACAUUGAAUACCAUGACACCGACAAUCGAGCAGUCCGGCGACCGUUUGGUCCACCUUACCUCGGGUCUCAUCAUGAAGCUGGAGCAUGGUGUCACAGCCGAGGACCUACGCUGUUCCCGACUGCUCUGGCAGACUUCGCGCAUGAAUCCUGCAAUCCCUGUCACAAAACUCAAGUAUCAUCCCGUGCGCGCAAUGAAUAUCAACCAAUCAAGGGUUGACGGGAACAUAGAGGCCAUUGCGGAUAUCCAGAAACAAGCUGGCAUAGGUGAUCCGACGGCGAAGGAUGCACCACCAGACACAGUCGACAUCUCCGAAUAUGUGACCAUCAUUCACGGCGAUCUUGGGACUGGCGAAUGUGUGCAGGCAAUCCAGAAGCGUCGCAGUAUCGAGGACACUGAGCUGCGACGCUACCAGUCGGUGGUUUUCGCGCCGGGUAUCUUUCACACACGGAUGGCCUGCGUGGACAAUGUAUACAGAGUAUUCAUACAACCUACCGAAUCGCGUGUUGACGACAAUUCCCUGAUGAAGUUCGUGGGGAAGCUUCGACCGAAGGAAACUGGUCAAAUAGGCUCAAAACCGAAGUUUCGCCAGAUGCACGAAGUCGUUCUGCAUGCGGGCAUCGUUCUACGAUUGGAUUGCUGGAGAACCGAAGCCAGACGUCAAUAUAGUAGCAAAAACGUCAAGAAUCUGGCCGAUUUCGCUGCACAGAAGCCUACCUUUGCACAGCUUGUAGCUAUGGCACAUGGUAUGGUCCGAAAAUACGUUGCAGGAAAGGACAAUUUGUUUGCUUCGCGCCGCCGCACUACGGCUACUCGAGACCAGCAGUAUGAAAACAUCACACUGAUGCACCAGUACUUUUCGCUGUAUGAGGAGUUCUCGUGGCGUGCUAAUGCCGGUGACAUUGGAGGGCUAGAGGCAGUCAUGAUCUCGUGGAUUCCUCUGUGGAAAGCUACCGGAAAGCAUAAGUAUGCUGCACAUAUGGUCAAGUUCCUCACCGACGUACAUUUUGUCUACCCCGAACGUCUCCGACAUGCUAUCCGAUACAAUCUCCUCGUCAAUCCUACGGGCAAAGCCCAUGCAUUCCGUGGUGUUGAUUGGGUUGUAGAGCUCAUAAACCUCUUCACAAAGGAUACAUAUGGCGGGGACGGCUCAAACUUCACAAAGGAUCGAGUGAUCACAGAGUCUCCAAACGUACUCGUGUACCGAAGUUGCGCCCGCAACGCAGAGCGCAAUUUCUAUCUAUGCGGACUCUCGUCUGCUCAUGGGAAGAAAGAUAUGACUGUUACAUAUAAUGCACUACUUAAGGACAUGGACGAGACGGCGCCACACGAGUAUCGAGCUGGCAGAAAAUCUGCCUAUUGCAUACCAAACAUGUUGGACAGGGGAAUCGAGAUGAUACUGGGUGGAAUGGGUGACGAAGAAGAUAGUAACAUGGACCCGGCUGUAGGUGGCGUAGACAGUACUAUCGAUGCCGGGGACAUUAGUGUCGACGUCGAAUUGUAG